AUGGCCCCGAAAUCUUUCACGCCCGAGAAUGUUGAGGCCCAAAAGGCCAGGUACGCCAAGGCCGGCCAGGGCCAGGUCCACGCCUUCUACGAGUCCCUCUCCGACGCCGAGAAGCAGUCCCUGUUCCUCCAGCUCGAGGGCUUCGACCCCGAGGAGAUCAACCAGAUCACCGACCGAGCCCUGAACCCCCCAAAGGCCGACGACCAGCCCGCCACCGUCGAGCCCCUGCCCGAGGCUGCCACCGCAAGCAUCCUCGACUCCAAGCCCGAGGACAUCCAGGCCUGGUACGAGCAUGGUCUGAAGCUGAUCUCGGAGAACAAGGUCGCCGUCGUGCUCAUGGCCGGCGGCCAAGGCACCAGACUGGGAAGCAAGGCCCCCAAGGGCUGCUUCGACAUCCAGCUUCCUUCCCACAAGUCUUUGUUCCAGAUCCAGGGCGAGCGUAUCCUCAAGGCCCAAGAGCUCGCACAAAACAAGUUCUCCCCCAAGGAGAAGGUCGUCGUUCCCUGGUACGUCAUGACCAGCGGCCCCACGCGAGGCAACACCGAGAAGUUCUUCAACGGCGAGUCCCUCGGUGACAUUCUGCCCAACGAGACCGAGCAGGACCGCUCGAAGCGCGGAUCCUACUUCGGCAUGAACAAGGAAGAUGUCAUGAUCUUUGAGCAGGGUGUCCUGCCUUGCAUCUCCAACGAGGGCAAGAUCAUGCUCGAGGGCAAGGGCAAGGUUGCUGUAGCCCCUGACGGCAAUGGUGGUCUGUACAAGGCCCUGUACCAGGCACAGAUCAAGUCCAAGUUCGGCUCUGAUGUCACAACUGUCCUUCAGGACAUGAAGAAGCGCGGCAUUGAGCACAUUCACGCCUACUGUGUGGACAACUGCUUGGUCAAGGUCGCUGACCCCCUAUUCAUUGGUUUCUCCGCCGCCAAGGGUGUCUCGUUGGCGACCAAGGUCGUGCGGAAGCGCAAUGCUACCGAGUCUGUUGGUUUGAUUCUGUCCAAGAACGGCAAGCCCGACGUUGUCGAAUACUCCGAGAUCGAUGCCGCCACCGCCGAGGCACAAGAUCCCAAGCAACCUGGUGUCCUCAAGUUCCGCGCCGCCAACAUUGUCAACCACUACUACUCCUUCAAGUACCUCGACGGCAUGGACAAGUGGAUGGGCAAGCUGCCGCACCACAUUGCCCGCAAGAAGAUUCCCUGCGUUGACACCGCCACCGGCGAGGACGUCAAGCCAUCGAAGCCCAAUGGCAUCAAGCUCGAGCAGUUCGUCUUUGACAACUUCAACAUGCUGGACCUGAGCGACUUCGCCUGUUUGGAGGUCAGGCGCGAGGACGAGUUCUCGCCGCUGAAGAACGGAACUGACGCCAAGGACGACAACAUGAUUACCAGCAAGCAGGACAUCAUGGCCCAAGGAAAGAAGUGGGCAGAGGCUGCCGGCGCCACGGUCAGCAACGGUACCAGUGAGGGCUUGGAGGUCUCGCCACUCACCAGCUACGGCGGUGAGGGCUUGGAGAGCUACAAGGGCCAGACCAUCUCCAAGGCAGCAAUCUGA